AUGGUUGGGCGGUACCUUGCUGCAUUUUCGGUGCUAUAUGCAGCAUGUAAAAGUGGCUUCCACCUCAUUUUACUUCAAGAAUGGUCUGGAGAUUGUGACAUUCCUGAUUUCCCCUUUGACCCUGACAUACAGGAUUCUGGAGAAUAUGAUUUUCCGUUCAAAGUGCUCUUCUAUACAACUGCUAUUGUUGCAGUUUGUGCAAUGGUACUACUUCAGUUAAGGACAUAUGCUCUUUAUAACAAGAGCAAGCUUAUUCUGGGCUUGUUUGGUGUACUCAACAUGAUAGCCAUUAUUUUCUUUGUCAUUGAACUCACUGCAUUUAAAGGACUCCAAGAAGAUCCGCGAUACAUUGAUGCGAUAUUUGGCAAUGAGUACUUUGGCUCAGGAACCAAUUACUCUCCGUUAUUCUGGUUACCUUUCAUGCUCAACGAGAUGGUUACAUUCAUUUUGGUGGUGAUAAGAUAUUGGAAAAUACACAGACAUAUUAGAGCUCCAGGUACCAAAAACAACACAUCCCUGUCUAAUAUCAUUGUUCGAGAUAACAUCAUCUAUUUCUCAGUAAUAUUUUUUGUGUAUCUUUUUGGAUUGCUUCUCCUAGUGAACUAUGAACUACUCUUUUCCUUAGCAAACACACACCUCCUGGCUUCAGUAGCAAUUUCCGGAAUCCUUGCACCAAACCUUUUCUUGUCCUUGAAGAAAGGAUUCUAUACACAGGGACAGAGCACACAAGUGGGCACUGAUGCAACAAUGUUCCAUGCUACUGUACCCUCGACUGUUGGAUCACGAUUUUCAACUGUAACAACGUAG